CUUUAAUGCAAUAAGCAAGAAGCAGAGCGACCAGUAAGACGCAACUAUGGCGGCGUCCAGUGUUUUUAGACCAGGCUUGUUCAACCAUAAAGUUGCAAUAGUGACGGGAGGAGGCACCGGUAUCGGUAAAGCGAUUUCUGCAGAGCUGCUGGAGCUGGGUUGCAGUGUUGUGAUCUCCAGCAGAAAGGCAGAGAGGCUGGAGACAGCAGCAGAGGAGAUGAGGCAGAAGAUCCCUCAGUCCAGCCCUGCAAGUGUCACUCCUCUGCCAUGCAACAUCCGCAACGAGGAGGAGGUGAAAGCUCUUGUAUCAUCAGUUCUCAAGCAGUUUGGAAGGAUUGACUUUCUGGUGAACAAUGGAGGAGGUCAGUUCAGCAGUCCAGCAGAGCUCAUGUCCUCUAAAGGUUGGAAGGCCGUGAUAGACACCAACCUGACUGGAACCUUUCACUGCUGCAAGGAAGUCUACACAGCAUGGAUGAAGCAAAACGGGGGCGUGAUCGUCAACAUAAUUGCUGACAUGUGGAAAGGCUUCCCAGGCAUGGCCCACACAGGAGCAGCGAGGGCUGCAGUGGAUAACUUAACCAAGAGCCUGGCCAUCGAGUGGGCCCACUCAGGAGUGAGGGUCAAUGCUGUUGCACCUGGAACAAUCUUUUCCAAAACUGCAAUGCAGAACUAUAAGGAGUAUGGGCCGCAACUUUUCAAGAUGUCUGUUCCAUUUACUCCUGCAAAAAGACUGGGAGUCCCAGAAGAGAUCUCAUCAACAGUGUGCUUCCUACUUUCUGCUGCCGCCUCCUACAUCUCUGGAGCCACCCUUAAGGUUGAUGCAGGACAAAGUCUGUACCAUUCUAUGUGGGAGAUACCCAACCACAGUGCGUGGCCUACGGCUCCAGAAGGAGAGAACCUGGAGGCUCUGAAGGAGCUUCUAAACCCACCCAGUAAACUCUAAUACAGUUUGGUAAAAUCGCCUGAGCCUGAUGCAUAAAGGUCAACUGAAGAUGGAACUGGAGAUUUCAGUGAUGUAUAUAAUUGUAUUUAAUGUUUAGCAACAUUAGGAAAUAAUGAGUUUUCAAAAGUAUGUGUGACAUAACCUGAAGUGUUUGAUGAAUAAAAAAAAUUGUGUUUA